AUGAAACUGUACGUGUAUGCUUUGAUCUCUGCCUUUGUGGUCUUGGCUGCCACGGCUGCACCGGCUUUCUUGCAAAAUGAUCCCAAACGUCCAGUAGCUGACAUCGCUCGUGACUUGGGAAUCACAGCCGAUCAAUUUGUUGCCUGUUUCAACGGUGUAACACCAGCUCCUCGCGGCAGCAAACCAACAGAUGAUCAAGUGCAUGCGAACAAACAACAUCUUCUAAGCUGUCUUCAACAAGCUAAUCCAUCCAUUACCAAUGAGAAGUUGGAUGCGGUUAUGGAUAAAUACCGUCCAAGCUCUUAG